CUGCAUUGCAACAGUACAGUCUACACAUACGACCGUAGACUACAACGUGGAGGCUAGUUCUGUCCGACUGCCGUUAUUCCGUACUUUCAUCAAAUUACUCGGUUUCAUGGGACAGUCGAGAACGGUUUGAAAGCACUAGUGUCUUUCUGUUCAGCCAGCAACCAGUUCAAUCCCUCGGCGAGAUGAACUUCCGUCAGCGCAUGGGUUGGCUCAUGGUGGUCCUGUUCCUGUCUCUCAGUGCUCUGAUCUUGUACUACAUGUUUGAAAUCAGCGAGACAUACAAUGGCCUGAUGUUGGAGCAUGUCCAGUCCUACGCCAGCUCACUCAAGAACAAUCCCGGCGGUAUCACGUGGAGACAAACCAUCACCAAUCACCUGGUAUCUCUCCCCUUCUGGCUCUGGGUGGUGAUUCUCAUGGUGCCCUAUCUACAAGUGUUCUGCCUACUGAUUGCGUGCACCAAGAAUGACCCCUUGACAGCCAGCAUUGCCCUGGCACCCGUCUGUUUGUUUCUCAGACUAUGCACGUGUAGGACCAGUGAAAUGCCCAGCAACCAGUACGGACUGGACGUACCUGUACACACUUGAGUCGUCCGACUUCCCUGUACAGCAUGAUGUUGAUAUUUUCAAAUUGGCACUCUCGAGUUUGGAUUCUUGAAGUGAUAAAUUCUACAGGCAGGUUCCACGUACUGCUGCAAGAAACUCAGUCUUCAUGUGAAACGGUGGUAGUCUUGCACUUUUAGAAGUUUUAGGUGGGAGGCAGUGUUUUUUUCUCUCUCUAUUUGACUUGUUGAAAUGUUUGUUACUUUGUUAUACUUGCUACUCAAAUUGAAUUAGGCCCCCCCCCAAAAAAAUAAUAAUUCUGCUUCCGAUUACAUGGCAUUCUAAAAAUAGGGUAGGCAGGUGGGGAAUUUUGUGUGUGUGCGAUAAUAAGGAGGCGUCUUGGUGUAGUCAAGGGUAAAAGGUAGUGAUUGAUGGUUUUGGGUGUUUUUUCCCUCAUUUUUCCAAUAAAAAAAUUAGGGUAGGGGCUGUCAGAAUAGGGUAGGUACUAGGCAGGGAAACCUGAAGCAG